GGUGCGGUGAGGGCGCGUCGCCCUAUUCUCUGUGACCAGCCACACGCUACCGUCCCCUACAACACGCUACCCGGAACACCCUCGCUACGAUACCCACGCUGGGAUGUCCGGUACCACCCUAUUAGUGCACCGUUUGCUGCCAAUAAUCACCUACGCUAGAACAUGCAGUUCCUAAACCCAAAUUUGUAACAGGCAAUUCGAAUUUCGCCCACCCCCCAAGAAAUCCACCUGUGAAUGUGGUUGAGUGUAGCACACUGAGUAAUGAGUGUGUUAGAGUGACAUGUCCUCACGCCGCUAGACCCACGAGACAGGAUUAUGGUGCUGGGCGGAUGGCAGCCCCAGGAAGGAGGCGGGGUGGGCCUGGGGGUUCAGAGGGCGCGGGGUCCCCUGCUUCUGCUGUCCCUGCUUCUGCUGGUCGUCACCACCCCGUCUGCUGCAGAAACUCCAGGUGAGUCUCUGCUCACCACCCCUGCUGCCCAAGCGGCGGCGUCUGCUGACAGAUUCCUGGGGAGGGAGGAGCAUAGUUAUAACACCAGCGAUGUUCUGGACGACGCCCCCCUUCUGCUGGACGACUCCCCCCUUCUGCUGGACGACGCCCCCCUUCUGCUGGACGACUCCCCCCUCCUGCUGGACGACCCUGAUGAUUUCCUCCCCCCUCUCAGCUCCACAGACACGCCAGCAGAGGCCUCUAGUCCCUCAGGGUGCACCUCGCCGCUGGGGAUGACGACCGGCGACGUGCUGGACUGGCAGAUCUCGGCCUCGUCGUCGUAUCCGUCGUCGUGGGACCCCGGCUGCCAGGUCAAGUACGCCCGUCUCCACCAGCCCAACGGGAGGGCGUGGUGCGCCGGCAGGAAGGCCGCAGGAGAGUGGGUGCUGGUCGACCUGGGCGUCCCCGCUAAGGUGACGGGGCUCCUGACGCAGGGGAAAGGCGACGACGAGGAGUGGGUCACGUCCUUCGAGCUCUCCUACUCCCUCGACGCCUACCACUGGCACCACGCCCGUGACAUCUACAAUAACAAGAAGGUGUUCCAGGCCAACGUCGACUCUCACCAGACCCGUCACAACUAUGUAGAACCAGCGGUGACGGGACGGUUCGUCCGUCUGCAUGUCUUGGACUGGCACUCCCACCCGUCACUACGUUUCGAACUCCUGGGGUGCCAAGAGUGCAAGACUGUGAUCAGUGAAGGUGUUGAUGUGCAGCUCUCGGCCAGCUCCUACAAGCCUUGGCACCGUAGCAAGUCUUGCCUACCGGGGGACGCUUCCCUACACUCCCACAGAGCCUGGUGUGCCCGCAGGAAGGACGCACACCAGUGGUUGCAGUGGGACCUGGGGCCGCCGCACCAGGUCACCGGGGUCGUGACCCGGGGCCGAGGCGACACAGGACGUAAGCACUGGGUCAAGACCUACACCCUCACCUACUCCAACGACUCCAAGGUCUGGUUCACCUACAAGGAUGGCAAUCACCUCGAUACUAAGGUGUUCGGGGGGAACUUGGACAAGCACACUGAGCGACGUCACUACCUCAACAACCCCUUCAAGGCGCGCUAUGUGCGCCUACACCCGCAGCGCUGGCGCAAGACCAUAGCUCUGCGCGCCGCGCUCCUCGGCUGUCCUCACAAGGGCGACUGUGGCGACGGCUUCUUCAGGGUCACGCCUGACACCAGCUGCGUGGAGAACAUCGCCUUCAAGGGCAAGACCUGGGUGAACGACAAGCGCCACUCUUGGUCGGACUGGGACUACGGUCCGGCCAGCCUGGCGGUCGACGGCAGACUGGAGGUGUCGCUCCGCGCCUGCGCCGUCGUCGACAACUACCACGUGGACGAGCCCGUGUGGAUGGUCGACUUGGGCAAGCGGCGACUAGUUCGAGGUCUCGUUAUCCUCACCUGGCAGGGUCGAGGACAAGAUCAACACACGCUGUAUCGGGACUACGUCUUCGGGUUGGACCGGUUGACAGUAUACGUAGAGAACCAGCGUCGCCUCGACGCCCCCACCUCCCAGGACCAUAAGAAGUGCGCCUCCGUCACCAGACUCAACAACGCACUCUUCAAAGAGCGAGUCCAUGUAGAGUGUCCUCAGCCAAUCAGAGGCCGAUACGUCUACAUCAAGGCUGGUGGCGUGGCCAAUCGCUGGCACAAGGUCUUCUCGAUGGUUCUAUGUGAGGUCAUGAUUUACUAGCUUGUGACGCCCGCACCCCCACCACCCCCACGACCACCACCACCACCACCACCACCACCACUGCCACCACCACCACAGCCACCACCACCACAGCCACCACCACCAUACAGGAACCACCACAGCCCCGAGCUGACAUCAUCUCCAGGGACUAGACAUCUCUUGGAGAGACCGACAGGAUACCCUGAGUUACGGAGCAAGGACAAGGGUCAUAGAGCAAGGACAAGGGUCACGAAGAGGCAUCAGGGUCGUCUAUUCUGACGUUACUAAGAAGGAGAUCUUGACCAAAGUGAUCUUAAGUUAAUCCGAGAUAUUUGUAGGUAAAGAAAUUGUAGUGUGUGUGUGGAAAAAAAUAAAUGUGAAAUGUAUUUAACUGAGGCAUAACCUUAUUGAUCUUGUGGAGCUGAAACGGAGUCUAUUGCGAUAGCUGAUGGUCAAAAGAAAACCGAAGUAGGGCGAGUAGUUCGAGUAGAUAACGACUUGACAAGGGACUAGAACUAACCGGAACGUCGCCACUGUCAUUCCACAUGGUGUGGUUUGGGGCGUUUCCGCCCUGUCAUUGUGACAGUCUCUGAAAUUUCAGCAGACUGUUUUCCCCCACUCGACAGCAGACAACAGCAGUGUCUGCUGCCACAUCCACCUCGAGCAACAGUGAUCCAACUUAAGAUACGAAUAAGUAACAGUGAUACCAUGGAGCAGUCUGCCUUUUGUCGAACCUCUUUCCAGGCUAAAUGCUUGCUAUUGAGCCAAACACUAAGGCCCCUUGAGCCAAAUACCACGGCCCUUGAUAGUCAAUAAGUCUAAGCACAAUGCCAGAGCAUCUACUCUGGUAGCAUCUACUACCGAGAUACAAGUCUUAGACAUAAACAAAUGUAAGAUAGGGUGCUCUGAUUCACUGAAUUACCAGGUUAAGACGCUGUCGUCAGGUUCAUGCAACCUGAGGCCACAUUAUAAGAGACGUCGCACACUCUACACACACGAUUCCCGCUUUUGAACUAUUUCCUGGCCUCGAACCUGUGAUAUAGAGGAGAUAGAGACCCCCAACUCAAUUCACCCAGAGUUUUUAUGGAAUUUAUCGAGAAAAUACACAAAUUAUUUGAUUUGAAAUGUGACAAAAUGUAAACAGAUUUGUUGUCUACGUUUGAGAAAAAAAAUAUUGCUCGCUAGGCAUUUUCUUGUUUUAGUGAAGAUAAAAUAUUGUUUCUAAUUUUGUUGAGAGAGUAUAUGGUUGUCUGAGGUCAGAGGAGCGGGUGUCUUGUACUACAGGAAGUCGCUUUAAACUACAGUGUUUAGAACGAAGAUGAGAAUCCGAACUGUUUUGAGGUUCUUCAAAGACUAAAAUAAGAUAAAAUGACGGAGUGUCCUGAACACUCCCUCUCUAUUUUGAUUGUGGUUAUACAUGAACAAAUCCACAGAAGCCGUGAUGAGGGUUCGAAGGCUUCACUGGAAGCCUCUGGAUCCUCGUGGGUGCUGUAGUACCCCAGGUUGCAAUUCUUUUGACCAUGUCGCGGCGUAGUCGACUAGAGUGUGCAUCUGUGAACACCCAGCGCAUAAGUUCGAACCCUCAUCACGGCUCCUGUGUAUUUGUGCAUUGAUAUAUCAAGAUAAUGUGAUUUCUACCAAUAGAAGUGAUGGUGUGUGUCAACAUAGGCGGCAAGGAGCCUGGUCUUGGUGACUGAGAGUCCUGGCAGGGUGACAGACAAUGUGUCUUGCUGACAGCUACGUGUCCCUGCUGCUUGUUGACAGGAGGAAUAAGUAAACAGGAGUGAGAGCUUGGCUCACUGUCCCUGACGAACUGUGAGAUAAAACAACAAAGUAUUUCCUCCGUAUAAGCGCUGCUUCUUGAGGCGUCUCAGAGGCAGCGAACACUACUUCAACUCACCAGCGCCUCGCCACCGUGUAGGAUAACCAAACAGGUGAUCUGAAGCAGAACAUUCCGACGCGCUACUGAUGUGUGGGGCAACUCCUCCCCUGGGGAACGACGCGGCCCCUGUGGGCGACAGAGACACGGGUGUCUUGUGUACGUAGCCUCCAGUGUACGUGCCACAGGCUACGCGCACAAAGGGACAGUAUACGUGCCACAGACUACGUACACAAGGGGACAAUAUACGUGCCACAGGAAUAUGCUGAACAUAUGAUGACUUAACUGGUUUACGAGAUAAGUAAAUACCUAAACAUGUUAGUUAUGUAAACAUGCUGAGGCCACUUGUUGACUCAGGUUGGUUGUGUGUUUGUUUACCUGCCUCACGCUUUUUUGUCCGACCCGAGGUGGUGACAGUCAGGUGGGGGGGGGGGACUUCUCAGUGUGUUACGCUUGUGUUGCGCUAUAAUUGUUGCAAUCAAUUUCAUCAUGAAGCAUUUAUCUUGUGUUACCUGUAAGUUAAUUGUUAUCUCUGAAGACUUGUAUUUAUAUGUACAUGAAAGCCCUCCAUUUUCUGUAUUUUUAUUGUAUAUACUUAUCGAAGCUUGGAAGACGAGGGACAAUACACAUACUAUACUAACAAAUGCAUUAAGUUCAAUGUUCAGCUGCUCAAAUGUUAUAUUUUACGGUCAAUGUUUUGUUCUGCACCCGUCAUUGUAUUAGUGUGUUAAUUACACACAGAAAUCACAAUAGCGUGAUGCAUCAAAUGAACAAAUCCAGUGCAUGGGGAGAAUUGUGUAAAAUCCUG